UUUUCCUUAUAUAUGGGAGAGAUAACCAGAGACGUAAAGCAUUGAGAUUGGUUUUUACAAGGAAUGUAAGAAAAUGGGAGAUUGCAGCAGGCUGAAUCUUCCUCCUGGAUUUCGUUUCUGCCCAACUGAUGAAGAACUUGUUUCACACUUUCUUUAUCCUAAGGCUUCUCUCUCAUCUUCUUGCUCCAACCUCAUUCCGGAGCUUUUUCUUCCUCCCGAUCCUUGGAAACUCCAUGGCAAGGCUCUGUCAAGUGGAAAUCAAUGGUACUUCUUUACCCAGAAGAAGAUUAUGCAAGGCCACCAAGAAACAGAAAAUGGGUUCUGGAAGCACUUAGAUAUUGAAGAACCUAUUCUCAGUGAUGCUGGUACGAAGAUAGGAUUAAAGAAGCUUGUUAUGUAUUACAUCGGCCAACAUCCUACCGCCAUAGAAACUAGUUGGAUGAUGCAGGAAUAUCAUCUUUCCAAAUCAUCAACAUCUGCAUUAUUCGCUGAUAUAUCUUACAAAAGAAAUCGGAACUCAUUGGACUGUCAUGAGCGGGUACUAUGUAGAGUAUACCAAAGGAAAGAAAGUUCUCAGAGUUUGAGCUGCACAGACGAUGAAGAUGACGAUGGUGAUGGUGAUGAUGAUGAUGGAACUGAGCUUUCAUGCCUGGACGAGGUGUUCUUGUCAUUGGAAGAUGAUGUUGAUGAUGAUUUAUGUUUUUUGCCAAAUUAAAUUAUUUAUAUAUCUUUGAAAUCUUCUCUUUUUCUUCUUCUUCUGAUUAUUAUUAUUAUUUAAUUGUUUUCUAUUUUUUCUUUAAGGUAUCUUUUAGCCUAUGCUCGUGUAUGUAAACAUUUUCAUUAAGUAUAAUGAUAUUUACAUUAUAAUUUUCUUUUU